AUGGCUGUUUGUGCAGCCUUACGUUCUUUUCUCGGAAGUCGGAGCAAUGUUAUUCGGCUAGCUUAUCGAUAUGUGAACCCUCAACAAUUGGCUCCUGUACUUUCUGUUUUACCCCAGAAUACAUUUGGAAAUUCUCCUCCUGCGAGAGAUUAUGCUGUAAAGACUCGUUCAAACAAGAAAGUUUGGAGAUGGUUUAAAUUCUCUGGAGACCUUGUUGAAAGAGAACCAAUUGAUAAUGAUGCUAUAAAGAAUUAUUUCAGAGAUGUUCCUGAAAUUAAAAACUUAUCUCCUGAAGCCCAACGGAUAUUUUCAUUAGGUUUUGCUGAUAGGAUAGAAAAAAAGGAACAUGAAAUAUACGACAUGCUUGAAAAAAUUAUUUCAUCUCUUGGACCAGAUGCAUCUUUGGAAAAAAAAAUUGCUCGUGCGACUCUUCGCAUACGCUGUAUGAAGAUACAUGUGCAUAAAUUUUGGAAGGACAAACGUUCAAAAUCGGACUUGAAUGAAAGGAUUGCCAAACGCAGGAAGUGGUUAAAACAAUUGAAAAAGUUAGAUCGUGAACGUUUCAUAUGGAUUUGUCAACAGUUGAAACUGUAUUAUUGUCCUGUGCCUCGCUAUCAAUAUUUUCCCCUUUCAAGGAAAGGCAGACGGAAGAAGGCAGCUAGAAAAAAAUACUUUGCUUUAAAGAUUGAGAAAAUAGUUGCUUUGCACACAAUUUAUUAUAUAUUUACAGAAUCUAUCAUGAUAACCAAUCAGCAAUCAUUUUUUCUUUCUCUCACUUUUACUUAG